GUAAUUUGCCAUUUUUUUUUUGGUUUUUGGUCGUAUACCCGACCCGACGAUGGCGUUUUGCGAUGGCUAUGACGACUACGACCACGUCGGCUCCAUUGUAUGGAUGCUGUAGUAAAAUCAACAUUUUCAGUUUGCUGCUGAACGUUGUUUUCAAAAGAAGACCAGAAACGAACGAACGAAGAAGUCGUGCGACAAAAUCCAUUUUAUUUUACAAUUUUCCAUUAUCCCUAAAACGCCAGCAAAAUCAAAAUCCACAACAUUUUCAUGGAGCAGUUUUUUUGUUAAAGUGAAGUAAAAAAAAGAAAAUCAAAGAAAAAAUAAAACAAGAAUUGCAAAAAUUAAAACAAAAUAAAUUUUUGCGGGUCCCAAGAGCAACAAAAGCAAAAAAAAAAGGCAAGUGUUGGUGGCUAUGUUGAAAACAAAUUCCUAGGAAAUUGCAACAAACGGGCUAUCGGAAAAGUGGCUUAGAAAAAGAAACUAUUACAUUAUGGCUGAGUGCUGCGAUAAAUGAUGAAAGUCGUUUUCGUUGCCGGCAAAGUUCUGUAUGCAAACAUCCUGCCCACUACUGCUGCUGUUGCUGUACUGUGUGGUGGUAAGCACUUCCAAUCAACAUCAACGUUGCGAGGGAGACGACGACGACGAGAAGGAGGAGGAGGAGGAUCGGGGAGCGGGGAAUACACGCACACACUUUGGAUUUCCGUUUUUGCCAAACGACCAGCCAACCAACACCGUUUCCAUUAAAAAAAGGUUUGGACUACUUCUCCUGGACCACCACCACCAUCGCCAUCGCCAUCCAUCCAUACUCCUUGCAGUUGCAAUCGUUCGAAUAAACAAUGAAAUUUUAUGCCACAUGUCAAUAUAAAUGUGGUGCUGACAACAAUUUACAACCGAGUGCAACAACAACUGCAACAACAACCACGCACAACUGCGGCGGCAAUCUUCACAAUUGUCAUUUGGGCCAUGAGAUAAUGGCCACUGGUGACAGUGGUGACCAGCCAGCGGACAAUACAACGACAAACUCACCCUCAUCCCUGUAUAGUAGUAGUUGCCCCCAAUUGACGCAGUAUCGUAGCUUGCCCCGAAACCUCUAUAGUGCAAUUAGGAAACCAUUGGCGUUGUGCGGCAACGACGGCCACAGUUCACAAGAGCAUCAGCAGCAACAGCAGCUGCAUCACCAGUCACUGCUUUGUGGUGGCGAUAGCCAUACUCUACGCACCAGCUCGGAACAGGAACUAAGAAGAUCAUCGACAUUCGACCGAAAUCAUCGGCGACAAUUGACCAAUAAACGGCUCAUCCUGUGCAACAAAUGUGCAGUGUGACGAAGGUAUAAUCUCAGUUGUGAACAUCCUCCAGCCGCAGCCUCAUCCGAAGCAGUAACAGAUAUUCCACCUCUACUGCCACCCAAGAAAUUUGCCAAUCCCGAUUUGCCGGCAACGAAGAAGGCAAAGCCGAACGCCGCCACAGAUCACAUUCAGACGGUGUCCAUUGCCACGGCAGCAGCGGUCCAGACGCAACGGGUCCUCUGCGAAAAUUGUCGCUUCAAUGAUCAGCCGGUGGUCUGGUGGGUAUCGUGUCCUCGUCUAGCCCACCAGCAACAAGGUUCCACACAAAGUCUCAAGGAGUAUACCAACACCACGGCCCAAUUCCUAGCAAUGCAACAGCAAAAUGCCAAUGUAAAUGUAAAUCACAACAACAAUAAUAAUAACAACAACAACAACACUAAUAUCAGCAACAACAAAAACAACGAAAUGAGAGGCCACAACAAUUUAAAUGCACUCCGACCUGAAGGUAAUAUCCCGGCCACAAUGUUGCCCAAACCAGCCCUCAAAUCCUCAACGACAGGUGGUGUCAACGUUACGUCGGGCGCCAUUCAAAAUCCCCCACAAUCUGCCAUCAUUGGCAAUCAAUCGUAUUCCAAAGCCACCAAUACCACAGCCGCCACUGCCACCGCCGCAUCAGUUAAUACCAAUGCCACAACCAUUGCCAGUACAGCGACACCAUCACCACCGCCACCACCAGUUUUAAGGCCGCAUCAUCAUCGCUCAAUAACAGGAUUGUCAGGAUUAGACCUUUAUGAUAAUUAUGCUGCGGGUGGUUCCACACAUGUUCCGGGCUCAAACUAUGGUUCGGCAUGUAGACGGCAUAUCAAACAGCAACAGCUACAACAGCAGCAGCCUCCGCCAUCACUACAUCCCCAGCCGUAUCACACACAUUCGCAUCCGCAUCAACAACAUCUGCAUCCCAGUCAUCAGCAGCUCCAGCAGCAGCAACAACAACAACAAUACUCUACAUGUUGUAGUUCCUAUAAUAUAGACCAUAAAAUGCAGACACCCUCCUGCAUGUGUGGCAAAUUGUAUCAUCAACAGGUUGCAUCUAGGGCGCCCAGGGAAACACUGGCGCCACCAACAACGCAUCAUCAUGUUGGCAUGCAUGCCGGCUCAUCGUCGGCAGCAGCUGCUGCAGCCAAUGCCAAUCGGGGAUGUAGUCACAGCAUGUAUUAUGCUCCCGACAGCUGUGUCCAUCAAUUUGAAGAUCAAGAUUCAGGUUUUCCCGGUCUCCGAGAUCAGGAAUUUUAUCUACUACAUCGUAAUAUACCAGCUUUAAGGCGUACGGGAGUGGACACCACUGGCAUACGUCAACAUUUCUAUCCGGACGGUGGUUGGGGUUGGAUCAUCUGUGGCAUGUCCUUUUUGAUACAUAUCCUGACGACGGGCCUGCAAUUAUCCUAUGGCUUGACUUUGUUCUAUGCCGUGCAUCACAUACGAAAUGCCAGUGGGAAUGAAUGGCUUGGAGCUUUAAGUUGGUCCAUAUCCAUGCUGGUUGCGCCAUUUGUGGAAACGUUGUGUCGACGUAAAUCAACACGGCUGCUGGCGGUGGUCGGUGGUCUGGUACUAUCGCUUGGCAUUCUAUUUACCUCAUUUGCCACAGAAGUUGACCAAGUAAUAUUCAGCUAUGGUUUUGUCUUUGGCAUUGGCGUGUCCAUGGUGCGGGAGACUUCAACCAUAAUGUUGGGUAAUUAUUUUAAAAAGCGACGUUUAUUUGUGGAAAUGGUGGCGAUGUCAGGUGAGGGUGUGGGUAUAGCUUUAUUUUCGGUGCUACUCAAGGAGGGGGUGGGAAAAAUGGGUUGGCGCAGUGGUUUGCAAAUUGUGGCGGCCUUAACCUCGAUAAGCUUUUUUGUGGGUCUACUGUACCGGCCGGCCUCAUUGUAUCAUCCCCAGCGCAGAGCCAUCCAGCAUUUGAAGAAUCAAAGGAAAAAGCUGCGUGACCAUAAAACGAAUAAUUUGCCGGCGGAACCAAACAUCAUAAAGAAAAUCAUACAAGACAUAUCAAAUCUUAAAUCGGGUACUGUGAAAAUUUUACUACUAACCUCGGCGGUGGCUGCCUUGGGUAUUUAUACGCCAAUGUUUACUAUGUCUCUUAAUGCCGCCAAGGAAGGCUCAGACGUCCAGGAGCUGGUCCUGCUUCAAACCAUGUUGGGCAUGUCCACAACUUUGGGGGUGGUCUUGGCCGGGGUCCUGAUACGAAGGCCGUUUGUGGUGCAGAAUUUUGUCAUAUCCACACCGAUUAUAUCACAGGUCUUCCUGUCCGCCGUCGCCUUGUCCAUACUCUUCAUGUCCUUUAUGAUGGGCUACAAAAGCCUUUGCAUCCUGUCGGGCAUAUAUGGCGUGGGCUUUGGUGGCUUUCGUUUCUCCCUGAAAAUGUUGGUGCUGGAGAAGGUCAAAUUGAAAUUUUCCAAAACCUGGUCAUUUAUCCGUGGCAUUGAGGCCAUUCCCGUGCUGAUAAGUGUUCCGCUGACAAUUUUCCUCAACGAUUAUUCGCCGAAAUAUGGGCGGGCGGGUUAUUACAUUUGUUCCGCAGCAGCAGCCAUUGCCGCCAUCAUUAUUUUCUUCAUUGGCUACUCGUCCUAUAGUCAUCAGAAUCCCUCACAACGUUCCCAGGAGAAUGGCAGUGUGGUUCCAGCGCCGCGCAUGCGCUCCAUGUCCACCCAGUAUGUGCGCAACAAAUAUCAGCCUGCCUUUACGGUGGACUAUCCGAAAAGCAAUGGCUGUGAUUAUCCGGCCCCAGAUCUAUUGAAUCGUAGCUGUAUAAGUCUAAAUCAGUUGGGAGAGAGUGCUUCGUGUCUGUGUGGGCCCAUGAGAAAUAUUUGCAACUACCACACCCCGCUGCAGCAGAGGAGACAUUGCGGUGGAGGGGGAGGAGCUUUGGGAGGCUUGCCAUCCAAUCAAUUGCAGCAUCAUCACAUGGGCGGAGCUGGAGGUGUGGCAGAGUUGGAUGAUCAUCAUCGUUAUCCCUAUGUCUAUGACAAUGGAACUGGGAGUUAUUUGAGGCGCAGCCUAUCCUUUAUUCAAAAUGCCAAUUGUUGUGGUGCCAAUCAGUUCCAGCUGCAGUGCCAGGCCAAUGUUCAGUGGUCCCAUAGGGAUUUGAGAAUGGACUCGGCCCAACCGCUGCUCUGCACCUGCAGUCCCUCGAGCUAUUUCCAAAGCUGUAAGAGCCAAAGUGUGCCCGAAGGCCUCUCAACCAUGUCGCAGCAGUGUAAAUGUAAAUCGGUGCAACCCUCCCGUGAAUAUAUCUAUGUGCCACGUCAUCAUCAGCCAGCCCUAAUGCCGGCAUCUCAUCUGCAACAACAGCCGCAACAGCAAUCUACCAACCACAAUUGUUCCUGUCACAAUCUCAAACAAUUAGUCCAAAGUUCCGGUAAUUCGAAUUUACUUAGUAGCAACAAACCCUUUAAAGAGCCCUCCGCAGGCCUCCACUCUGCGGCAUCCACAAUGCCCAAGUGUAAAUUGAAACGUUCACAAUCGCUGUCGAGACCAAUGACCUAUGUGGAACAGAUGACAACCUCCGUUUAAAGAUAAACACACAUAUUCUUUUUAAGCACCCCAAUCCCCACCCUCCUCAAAAAAUUGAUGACUGUCUACAACCUUUUCUAGUCCUUUUGUAUUUUAUACUGACAGAAGUAUUGUUUCUUCUUUUUUUGUGAAAUAACCAACGAAACGCAAUCCAGUUUUAUAGUCACCCACUUGACACUGCUUACACAACUGCAUACAAUGUAAUGUCACUUUGAAGCGCGCACAAAAAACCCUUCUCCUCCACAAUGACACAUGACUUAAUACACACACAAAUACGAAACCCAAACUUAUCUCAACUGCAAACACUUGUCAGCUCCACCACUUUGUCACCCAAUCUCUAUUGAUAUACACCCACACACACUUGCAGACACAUAUACACACACUCUCUCUUUUAUCCAGAUCAGAACACUUCAAUAUCUCACUUCAACACUUUGACACUGAAAAUUCUUUACUUUACUAUUGAGUAAUCAUAGUUGGCGGGCACACAGUGAUUGUAGGAGGAGAGAAUCGAUUUUUGACAAAAUGACUUAAGUCACAAUAAUCAAAAAUUGGCCGAUUUUCCAAUAGGUGUAUACUAGAGAUACAUAGUAAAGAGAAAAAAUCUACGUAUAGCCUUUUUAUACCCUACACCACACUCUGGUCAGGGUAUUAUGUCUUGGUGCGUUUGUUUGUAACAUGGAGAAGGAAACAAGAUAGACCCAUAGUUCCUUUUGAUGAUCUGAAUAGAAUCACAUUCGUACUCGAUUUAUGCAAGUCCGUGAAAUUGGAGAUAAUCGGAUUAGAUUUGAAUAAAGCUCCCAUGGCACACUCAACCAUAACGACAUUAUUCGGGAAAAGAUAUCAAACACAGUUCAGAAAACCCUCUGCCAAAUUUUAUCAAGAUCGGUAUUUGUAUAUAGCUUCCAUAUAUGUUUAUCCGAUUUCAGGUUCGGUGGACUCCAAAUGGUUAAUAUCAGCCCAAAAAGGAGUGGAUGUCCCACACCUUUCUGACUAGUUACUUUUGACUUCAAUAAAAAAAAUCGACAUUUCGGUUUAUCGUUUAUUUUUUUCUAUUAUCCCAAAACAUUUUUUAUGUAAUAAAUUUGAAUAAAUGCGAUUUCGAUUUGAGGUCCCUAAAUGUGUGAUUUGUUGUGUUAUACACAAACCUAGACUUUUAUAGACAAUUCUCUUGCAAAGUCAUCGGUGCCCUGUACGAAUUUCAAAUAUUUAAUUUUAAGCAAUUUCUUCGAAAAAUCUGAAGAAAAUCUUAAAAAUAAAAUCUUCCAAAUAUUGGGGGAAUUUUACUCAAAAAUCUUACUAAAAUCGUUAAAAAUAUCGAAUAUCUGGAGGUACCGUUUUAUGGAAAAUAUUUGAAAACAUUGAAAAUGUCCCUGAAAUCAUCAAAAUACCGGAUGUUUGGCUCUGUGGAAAGUUUAAGAGGACUGGCAGACAAAUCGAAUACGAAUUUACGCUGACCAACCAUAUAUACCCUCCAUAGGACAUACAAUAUGUUCAACUGGUCCGAAAUUUUUAUACCCUCCAUCAUGGAAAAACUUGAUUUGACCAAACCUCAAAGUUACUAAAAUUUGAAAGUUGAAUAUUAUUUUGUAAGAGGAGUAAUUAACCCUCUAAGAACCAAAAUAUCAAAUUAAAGCUGACAUGGUUUCAAAUCGGGGCCAAAAACCUUCAAAAUAUCGAAUAUCAGGAAGUAAUUCAGUAGAGGGAGUUUUACAUGAUUCUCGCCUUAACGGCUUAAGCCAUGAUGCACCAUAGCAUGGGGUCGCGUCGAUCAGCGCCUUUUUAGAUUUACCCAGAGUUUUCUUAGAGAAUGGGAGCACUCCAUAGAGUUCUAGGUAUAUUUCGCAGGUACCAAUUCGAAGAUCAGAAAUAUGGGUUUAACUUUCCUCUUGAUAAGGGGUUGAAGACUAUCUUGCCUCUCCAUAAACAGGCAAGAUCAACCGAUCUAGUGGCUGUUGACACCAGCGGCACAAAAAGAGUCUCCGGUCAGAGUUUGUAGACGAAACUACUACCAGUUUUUGAUUCGUAAAAAACGGGACCGGUCACCGAAGCAUAUGAGAUACUCUCUCUAGGUUCCUGUGAUAUUCAUACUGAGGCCACGUACAGUACAUGCAACUAGUCCAACUACACGCUUCUGUGAGAGAAAAGUAUCUCUUCACUCAAAUAUCCUCAAAACCAAAAUGGGGUUAGUCGUGACGAGUGUAACAUCUGGCUUUUAGAGUUGAAAGACCAAAUUAAACCUUUAGUUGUUUUUGCGGUAGAGGAAGAACAACGUAAGACAUUGCCUUGCAACUGGCCAGUAUAAUGCUUCAAGGCAGCAUUCGAUUUUGUCCGAACAUUAGAAAUAUUUCUGUCAAACUUGGGUCAUUUGUGAAUAUGGCAAAUAUUAGCCCAUUCCCUUUGACAACUUCCACAAAAUUUCAUAUAAUUACUCUAAAUUAAAAAUAAUGUUUUAAUUUUCCUCAUUUACAAUUUUCAACAUCCUUUCAAAUACCUCCCCCACGAAAGGUAAAAAUUUUGAAUAUCCGAGAAGAUUAUAUAAUGCGAAAUUAACAUCCGAUUCCAGUCAGAUUUGGCAUAUAUCAAUAUUUCUAUAAACUAGAUCCGUUAAAAAACGGUAGAGAUCGGACCAUUCCAUAGGUACCUCCCCCACAAAGGAUCAAUGUUUUGAAUAACCAAAACGUUUAUAAAAUCCGAAAUAAACAUCAGGUUCUCUUCAUAUUUCACAUUUCUUAUUACUUUUACUAACACAAGAUAGGGUGUGAAGAUGAGGUAUCUCGGUCCACUGUUUUUCGCACCUCCCCCACAAAGGUUCAAAAUUUUGAAUAACCAUGAAGCUCAUAAAAUGCGGAAAUACAAUCCGAUUCCGUUCAGACUUAUCAACACAAGAUGUGUUGUAAGGAUGGUAGAGAUGGGACCAUUUCUUCUGAUACCUCCCGCACAUAGGGCCCAAGGUUAAAAAAAAAACGCUCAAAGAAAGUAAAAUAAGCAUCUAACUCUCUUUAAAUUUCACACAUACGAACAUUUUUCUAACACUAGAUCUUCGAACCCCUUCUGGUACCUCACCCACAAAGGGUAACAAUUGUCAAUACUUUUAUCUGCCAUAACUUGCGAAACAAGUCAGCGAUUUUUUUCAACUUGCCAUAUUUCUCUUAACCUGAGAAUUUAUGAUUACGCAUACAAUUGGUUAUAAAUGCUGGAUUUUCUUGUAAUUUUGCCCAUACCAACUUUUAUACGUAUUAGAUAAAAUAUGAAAAUGGAACUUCACGUUCGACUAAAAAAAAAUGAUCACAUACCCCAUAUGAAGUGAAGGAAAUAACCAAUAUAGUCCAAACCAGGCACGUCGUUGCAACGUUUUUUUUAAUAUUUCGAUCGGCUCUAUCAUUUGCUGAAUAAGAACUACACUAACUAUAUAUCAAAAACGAAUUAAUUGCUGGUUUUGGAAAUAAAAAUCGUUAAUUUUUAUUAUUAUUUUUAUACCCUCCACCAUAGUAUGCGGGGUAUAUUAAGUUUGUCAAUCCGUUUGUAACACCUCGAAAUAUACACUUUAGACCCCACAAAGUAUAUAUAUUCUUGAUCAGCAUAAGAUUUUAGCUCGAUUUAGCAAUGUCCGUCCGUCUGUCCGUCUGUAGAAAUCACUCUAGCUUCCGAACGAAUUAAAGUAGAUUGAUAAAAUUUUACUCAAAUGUAUAUUAUGUCUGCAGGACUUUUGGCAUAGCCCCCAUACAUCGGUACCUCCCGGUAUUCGAUAUUUUAUUUUUAUGAUUUUAGAUACAUUAUUCGCCGGCAUUCUUUCAAAUUUGGUAUUUGAAGUUCGUAAUGAAUACUAAGGCCUAUGACAGAAAAUUGUCUGUGCACGUUCACGUCUUCGUAUGCCCCCAUAUAACGAUACCUCCUAAUGUUCGGUAUUUUGAUGAUUUUAGCGUCAUUAUUCACCGGAAUUGUUUCAAAUUUCGUAUUUAGAGUUCGUAAUGGCAACUACAGUCUGUGACAGAAAAUUGUCUGUGCAGGUCCAGGUCUUCGUAUAGGCCCCGUACAUCAGUACCUCCCUAUAUUAGAUAUUUUGACGAGUUUAGGUACAAUAUCCACCGAAAUUGUUUGAGAUGUCGUAUUUGAAGUUCGUAAUGGAUGCUACAGCCUGUGACAAAAAAUUGUCUAUGCUGGUCCAGGUCUUCGCACAGCUCCGAUAUAACGGUACCUCCCUAUAUACGAUAUUUUGAUGAUUUUGAUUUUAGCUACAUUAUUCACGGUUUAUUACAAGUUUCGAAUUUGAAUAUGGUAAUGGCUUAUGACUAACAAUGCCUAUGUAGGUCCACGUCGUAUAGACCCCAACAUAACGGCUAUAUUCUAUAUUUUUAAAAUUUUAACAUAAUUUUUUAAGGAUUUUUUUUUUUGAAAAUUUCCAAAUUCGUUCCAAAUGGUGGAGGGUAUUCAAAGUUCGGCCCGGUCGAACUUACUGCUUUUUAACUUGUUUAUUAAUUAAGAUUUACAAUCACUGUGCGCCAGGCCGCACAAUUAAGAAGGACACUAUAACACCACAUUUACACACACUUAACUGCCUAUAUAUAUCCUAAAUACACUGAGUGUAAAACGUCUAUGGCUACACAAUACUAAGCCAUUUCAAUAUUUUAAUUCUUUUCACUUUAUGGAAAGAAGUCAUAGGUUUUUGUAUAGGUUUCACAUAAUGUUCCCACCAGUAUUUUAUGUUUUUCAUUUCCGAGGUCGCGAAUUUUUAAAAAAAAAUAUUUACAAUUCAUUGUCCAACAUUUAUUGUUCUUCAAAUCAUUUUUUGUAUUCCACAAAUAAAAUUUUAUUUAUUUAUUAAUUUUUAAA